AUGCGUUUCAUGUCCAUCGCCCUUCUCUCUUUGGCUCUGCCUUCUGCGCUGGCGCUGCCCACUCUUGGAAAACGAGCUACCGCGCGCACAUUCGCUGAACUUACCAUCAGCAAUGGCACCGCAGGCAACGCCUUAGCCGAAGCAACCGCCAAAUUUCCCGUCCCCGCAGACCUCUCUACCGUUUCAUCCGCCGACCUCGCAACACUCCAAGCAGAGCGCGUAACAGCCGAAGACGCAGAGACAGGAGCCUUCAACCCAGCCAUCUCCGCCGCCACUGACACCGCCACCAAGACCGCUCUCCAGAACGGGAAAAUCAAGAAUAAGGUGUUGAAGCUCUUUGCUGAAGUACAGGCACUGCAGAUUCAGCAGGCGCAGGGCGCGAGCAAUCAGGAUAAGAUUGAUACUGAAACUACGAAGUUGAAUACGAAUAUUGCGUUGGAUAAAAAGGCGGCUGGGCAGGCGUCGCAAACUGUUACGUUUACGGGGAACUGA